AUGUUAUUACAUACACCGUUGCACCCAAUACAAAUGUUUGAAUUGCAUCUGAAAUGCGGUGUUGACAUUUGGUUAAGUCGCAAGUUCAUCACACUUGUCAUGGUCACUUGGGUGAAAAGGUAUUUCGUCAGUACAAUCCUGCAGUUCCAAAUCCACCGAGCACUUUGUGAGAGGACUGGCCAGUACAUCCCUGGAGACCCCACUAGGCCUCUUCACAAAUGCGACAUCUACAGGAACCCGGAGGCUGGGAGGAUUUUAACUCGUUUAAUGGAACGCGGUGCAUCAGCACCCUGGAGUCAGGUACUGCAAGAGUCGAUAGGGGAAGCGAGAUUGAAUGGAGAUGCUCUACGAGACUACUUCAGACCCUUGGAAGACUGGCUGAGGAGUGAAAACCUUCGGACUGGAGAGUAUUUGGGAUGGAGCUACGAUGGGGACUACUGCAAGUUUAGUAUCGAAACUGCUGGUUUGCAAGUAUACGGUGGAUUCUACAACGCAGCGAGCAGACACUUCGAUAUAAGCAGUUUCCUUACCAUUCUCUUAACUUCUAUGUUGGCAACAAUCAUUAGCUUAAGAAUUAGAUGA